CUCGUGUCAUACUAGCAUUUUUUUUUGCCUACUGUUCGGAUUUUGUCUUCCAGAGAAUUUUUUUCAUCCUAAAAGUAUGCAGUGGUGACAGUAGUGAAAAGACAAAUCACCAAACAAGAGUAGUAGUGGCUCCAAGGUUUUUUUACAAUCGGUUUUUGUGUUCUUUUUUAGUUCAAAUUCAAAGUGUGUGCUGUUUGCUGCUGCUGCUGCUGGUGGUGGCCAGAAAAGAAAAGAGGAAUAGAAAAAAGAAAAACACCACAAGAAAAUCCCAAUCGAGCCAGCAGUGAUUAAGUAACAGACACACCAAUAUCCGAAAAGCAAUAAAUCAAAAGAUUUUCAGAAUUUCUUAGUGCAAAUAGUCGUCAGGUCUACGCUUUUUUUCAAGUCAUCACCGUUCCUUUUUUUUCUGCCAACCAUUGACGCCGCCCUCCUUUCAAGCAACCACCACCACCACCAUCACUGGCUACUGUUCGCGUUUUCCAGCCUUAAGAAAAAAAAAACGCCAGCAAGAAAAGUGUAUUAAAAAUUUGCAAUGAAUUUCAAGGAAAAGUUAUGAAAAACAUUUGUGGAAGUGAAAAACAAGAAUUGGUGAAUCUCGGUCCGGGUGCAAAGUGAAUUUAGGCUAGCCAAUACCAUAUAAUAAUAAUAAAAACGAGAGCCAGUGGCCGUAAUUUUUUGCUACUCCAACAAGAAAGUACAACUGCAAGCAAACCAACCAUGGCUUCGGGUGGUUAUGGCAUAAGCUCCAUAGAUCCGGAGGUGUCCUCAACAUCCAAUACAAAGUUCACCUCCGACAAUAUCAGUCAAAGCCGUGAAGAUGCCCAAGACUCAUCCAUUUCGGAGGCCCAGGGUAAACAACGUACCAAAAGUGAUAAAGAGCGUAAAAUUGGCCAUAGGCGGGUGGGAGAAGGUGGUGAGAUCACCUAUAAAAAGAUACAGACAUCGCAGAUUAUGGGUUCCAUACAACUGGGUAUACAGCAUACGGUCGGUAGUCUAGCAUCCAAACCAAAACGUGAUCUACUUAUGAUGGACUUUUGGGAAAUCGAAAGCAUUGUCUUUCCGCCCGAGGGUUCCAGCCUUACGCCUGCCCACCACUAUAGCGAAUUCAGAUAUAAAAUCUAUGCCCCAAUUGCAUUUCGUUAUUUUCGCGACUUGUUCGGCAUACAGCCCGAUGAUUUUAUGAUGUCGAUGUGUUCGUCGCCGCUAAGGGAGCUGUCGAAUCCCGGGGCUUCGGGUUCCAUAUUCUAUUUGACGCACGACGAUGAGUUCAUCAUUAAGACGGUGCAGCACAAGGAGGGGGAGUUUUUGCAAAAACUGUUACCAGGUUACUACAUGAAUUUAAAUCAAAAUCCCCGCACCCUCUUGCCGAAGUUCUUCGGCCUGUACUGCCUGCAGACGAACAAUGCCAAAAACAUUCGCCUCGUGGUGAUGAACAAUCUGCUGCCUUCCUAUGUGAAAAUGCAUCUGAAAUACGAUCUGAAGGGUUCGACGUUUAAGCGCAAGGCCAACAAGGCGGAACGUGCCAAGAAAUCGCCAACAUUUAAGGAUCUCGAUUUUAUGGAACAACAUCCGAAUGGCAUCUUUCUGGAGGCCGAAACCUAUUCGGCCUUGAUCAAGACAAUACAAAGGGAUUGCACGGUGCUGGAGUCAUUUAAAAUUAUGGACUAUUCCCUGCUGCUGGGGGUGCACAACUUGGAUUUGGCCUCCAAAGAGAAACAGAAGUCACGUAAACAGCCCAAAACCUCACAAUCGGAGGAAUCGGACGAGGAGAAUGCUCGGGGCACGGAGACCACAUCGGAUAAUCAAGAUGAAGAAACGCAAAGCAAUAUACAACGCAAUAGUGCGGCAUAUCGCUCGAAUCGCCAACGUUUGGUAGCCCACUCAACAGCCAUGGAGAGUAUACAGGCGGAAAGUGAACCCAUUGAUGAUGAAGAAGAUAUGCCACCUGGAGGCAUACCGGCCCGCAGUGAAAAGGGCGAACGCCUGCUGCUCUUCAUUGGCAUCAUUGAUAUUUUACAAUCCUAUCGCCUCAAAAAGAAACUGGAACAUACCUUCAAAAGUAUCAUUCAUGAUGGUGAUACUGUUUCAGUGUGUCGUCCCUCAUUUUAUGCUCAAAGAUUUCAAAAUUUCAUGGCCAAAACUGUAUUUCGUAAAAUACCGUCUCUGGAUCUCCCCGAGAUCAAAGGAAAUCAUAGAAAAUUUCGUACUUUGGUAUCCAGUUAUAUAGCUCUCAAACACUCACCAUCGAAGCGAAAAAGUCUAUCGAAAGCAAUACAACGUUCCAUAGACAGUGAAAAUGAGGCAAGAGAUCAUGGUCAUGCACCACAUCAUCCACCGACAUCGACAGUACAACAACAUAAAAAAUCUCACAUUCCGGGUGGCAAAAUGGCGCCCGCAUCGGGCGCCAGUACCUCGGGUUCAGUUUUAAAGUCAAUGGCAGCCCCACCGGUUAAGCAACGGAAUCCAUCGGGAAUGCAGCAAACGGCGGGCAGCGGAGGUGUUACACCAUCAGCCAGUGCUGGGGCAAUGUUAAAGGCCAAAGUUCCACCUCCAGUACCGCCAAGGGGCUCACCACGUCGGCGUGGGGACAGCGAUUCCUAUCAACAACAGCUUGAGGGCGGAGGAGGAGGCGGUAGUACCAGCGGUGGCGGCGGCGGAGGAGGAGGGUCUUCCAGGGCCCUAUCCACCACUCCAGGCACAACACCAUCAUGCAGUUCAACACCACCCCCUGCCUUCGAUGAUAUAUCCGAGGAUAAUAGUUAUAACAAGCAUAGUUCCUCAACGACUUCGAGGCGUUCGCAUCAGCAUCACCAACAGCAUCAAUCGCAUCAUCACCACUCCUCCCAACAGUCGUCGCAGUCCCAGUCUCAGGCGUCGUCUCAUCACCAACACCACCACCACCACCAUCACCACCACCCACACCAACAGCAACAGGCCUCGUCAGCGCAUUACCAUCAAAGCGACGGGCUGUCCUCCGCCUCGUAUCACGAUCGUAAAAUGAAUGUGGGUCCAGCCUAUCGAAGUUCAUCGUCAUCGCAAAAAGAUGAUAUGGUCAGUGUUUCCGAAAUACAUUUAGACACCUAUUUAGCCGUAGAUACAUCAUCCAGUAGUCACUAUGGUUCGAGGGGCGGUCUAGCCUGGACACCACCAGCAUCUGGUGAAGGUUCAACACCCACCUGGACCGAAGGUACGCCCAGUUUUACCGAUUCCAGUUCAAGUGGUGACUUUGACAAUAAUUCUCUACUUUCAGAACAUUUUUCGCCAAUUAACUCCUCGAAAAUGGAUCGUUACAAGCCAACGGUUGAGGAUGCCAUUAAUUCGCUGUCGGCGGAAAUGAUCAACGAUCGUCAUUGAAAUUGUAAAAAGAAGGAAGAAGACCAGGCCAGGUGGUGUUAGUGAUGACUGCAAGAAGGAUGGUGAAUCGAGGAGUUCCAGAAGGCAAAAAAAAAUCGCCUCAAAUGGAAACGGAAGGAGGAGUUAUUUGUUGUUGUUAUUUUAGACAAGUUACAUAAUGAUGUAUCCAUAUAGCAAGCUUUGUUCUGAAAUAAUGUGUGUGUUUUUUUUGAACUACUCUCUCUCGCUCUCUCUCUCACACUGUCUCUCAAAGUUGAUGUUGUGUUCUUUAUAAAGAAAAUCUCAUGAAAAUUAUUUAUCAAGACAUUUCAUUGGCCCAUAUUUCACAAUAGAAUGGAGAUAAAGGUUUUUUAAAUAUUAGAAUUUUGAAAAACUUAAAUAAUUCUCCGACAUGAUAUGGUAAUGGCCCUUGGGUCCAGUUUUUUUUCUUUUGAAAAAAAACUCCACAGAACCUUGGGUCCAAGUUUUUUCUAUAGAAAAAAAAUUCCCCAUACUCUUGGAGUCCAGGUUUUUUUUGAAAAAAAAACUCCACAGAACCUUGGGUCCAAGUUUUUUCUAUAGAAAAAAUCUCGCCAGACCCCCCGGGUGUCCAAGGUUUUUUCUCUAUAGAAAAAAAUUCGCCAGACCCCUGGGGGUCCAUGGUUUUUUCUCUAUAGAAAAAAAUUCGCCAGACCCCUGGGAGUCCAAGGUUUUUUCUCUAUAGAAAAAAUUCGCCAGACCCUAUGGGUCCAAGGUUUUUUCUAUAGAAAAAAACUCGCCAGACCCCCUGGGGUCCAAGGUUUUUUCUAUAGAAAAAAACUCGCCAGACCCUAAUGGGUCCAAGGUUCUUUCUAUAGAAAAAAACUCGCCAGACCCUAUGGGUCCAAGGUUUUUUUCUAUAGAAAAAAAUUCGCCAGACCCUUGGGUCCAAGGUUUUUUUCUAUAGAAAAAAAUUCGCCAGACCCUUGGGUCCAAGGUUUUUUUCUAUAGAAAAAAAUUCGCCAGACCCUUGGGUCCAAGGUUUUUUUCUAUAGAAAAAAAUUCGCCAGACCCUUAGGUCCAAGGUUUUUUUCUAUAGAAAAAAAAAUUGGCCAGACCCUUGGGUCAAAGUUUUUUUCUAUAGAAAAAAACUCGCCAGACCCUAUGGGUCCAAGGUUUUUUCUAUAGAAAAAAACUCGCCAGACCCUAUGGGUCCAAGGUUUUUUCUAUAGAAAAAAACUCGCCAGACCCUAUGGGUCCAAGGUUUUUUCUAUAGAAAAAAACUCGCCAGACCCUAUGGGUCCAAGGUUUUUUUCUAUAGAAAAAAAUUCGCCAGACCCUUGGGUCCAAGGUUUUUUCUAUAGAAAAAAAUUCGCCAGACCCCUGGGGUCCAAGUUUUUUUCUAUAGAAAAAAUCACCAGACCCUCGGGUUUUCUUAAUUUCUUCAUUUUCAUGAUUUUACCAUGACUUGUUUUCUCCAUUUUUGUUUCAAAACUUUCACAUUUGUGUUAAAUUCUAUUUAGAUACAUAAUUAUAUAUAAUGUCGCUAUAUAAAUAAUAAUUAAUAAAUUAUGUUAAAUUAACAUAAUUACCAAAACAAACAGUUAUACUCAUUCAUAUAUGUAUACAUAAUCACCAUCAUUAUAAUGAAGUUAAAUUUCGAAUUACCAUGUACAGAUAAUAGUUAUAUAUACAUACAUACAUAAUGUGUUUAUUUAUAUUCCUCUGGAUGUUUUUUAUUCAAAAUUGUUUCAAUUUCUUUUUCAAAAUUAUAAAUUUUAUAAUAAAAAAAAAUUAUGCUUUGGCCAUGAAAAUGUAAUCCUCAUGGUGCCAGAAAAUGACCUUAAACUACUUGAGAAUAUUCCAUAAAGCAAAGUUUUUAAAUAUGCUUGAAAAAGUGAGGUUAUAAAGCAAUUUUUCCAAUUCUUUUGAUUUUUCGUUGAAAUAAUAUCCAUCUACCCUUUAUGUGAUUUUGAGGCAAGUUUUAUAAAAAAAAUUUACUUUGUUUUCUAAACUUCUCUCUAUUCGACUCUAUCUCUCUCUUUACCUCCCUCCUAUCUCUCUCUAUAUCUAAGUGUUAAUUUAUAUAAUAAUAUUUUCUUAAAUAAUUGUUAAUAUAAAAAUUCAUUAUCAAUUCAGCUGUCUUUUCCUAUUUGUAUUGAAAAAAUAAAUAAAUCUACCUGAUUAAUAAUCCCCACAAAAUAAAUAACAAUGAAUAUGAUAUAUGAUUUUUUUAAUUAAAAUUGAAAAUAAUAUUUUUGAUGGUCGUUCUUAAUAUUUUUUAUGGCAAAUAAUUAUUAAUUGUAUUUAUAAAUUUAUUAAUAAUAAAAUUAAAUAUUAUGAAUAUGUAAGAUAAAAAAAUAAUAAGACGACAGUAUAGGAACCCUUUUUAUGUUCUGGUAUGGCAUAGUCAUAUGAGUCUGUAAACAAUUGGGCAAAAAUAAAAUUCUAGAUAUUUGAGGGAUAAAUUGGAAAAAAUUAAAGAGAAGUUAGUUCGACCAGGCCAAAUUUUGAAUACACUCCACCUCAUACGGGCCUGCAUAUGCAAUUUUCUGACACAUGCGGUAGUACCCAUUAGGAACUUUAAAUACGAAGUUUGAAACAAUUCGUCAGACAAUUUGGGUCCACAGUUUUUUCUAUAGAAAAAAUUCGCCAGACCAUUGGGGUCCAAGUUUUUUCAAUAGAAAAAAAUUCACCAGACCAUUGGGUCAAAGUUUUUUCUAUAGAAAAAAAUUCACCAGACCCUUGGGUCAAAGUUUUUUCUAUAGAAAAAAAUUCACCAGACCCUUGGGUCAAAGUUUUUUCUAUAGAAAAAAAUUCACCAGACCCUUGGGUCAAAGUUUUUUCUAUAGAAAAAAAUUCACCAGACCCUUGGGUCAAAGUUUUUUCUAUAGAAAAAAAUUCACCAGACCCUUGGGUCAAAGUUUUUUCUAUAGAAAAAAAUUCACCAGACCCUUGGGUCAAAGUUUUUUCUAUAGAAAAAAAUUCACCAGAACCUUGGGUCAAAGUUUUUUCUAUAGAAAAAAAUUCACCAGAGACUUGGGUCAAAGUUUUUUCUAUAGAAAAAAAUUCACCAGACCCUUGGGUCCCUAAUUUUUUUCUAUAGAAAAAAAAACUCGCCAGAAACUUGGGUUCAGUUUUUUUCUACAGAAAAAAAUUCACCAGACCCUUGGGUCAAAGUUUUUUUUCUAUAGAAAAAAAUUCGCCGGACCCUUGGGUCUAAGUUUUUUUUUUUCUAUAGAAAAAAAAUCGCCGGACCCUUGGGUCCACAGUUUUUUUUAAGAAAAAAAUUCGCCAGACGCUUGGGUCCCCAGUUUUUGUCUAUAGAAUAAAAUUCGCCAGACGCUUGGAUCCCCAGUUUUUUUCUAUAGAAAAAAAUUCGCCGGACCCUUGGUUGCAAGUUUUUUUUUACGGAAAAAGAUUCGCCGGACCCUUGGCUCUAAGUUUUUCCUAUAGGAAAAAAAUUCGCCUGACCCUUGGGUCUAAGUUUUUGGGUCCCCUUGGGUCCCCAGUUUUUUCUAUAGAUAAAAUUCACCAGACCAUUGGGUCCCCAGUUUUUUCUAUAGAAAAAAAUUCACCAGACCCUUGGUUCCAAGUUUUUUCUAUAGAACAAAAUUCGCCGGACCCUUGGGUCCCCAGUUUUUUCUAUAGAAAAAAAUUCGGCGGACCCUUGGGUCCCCAGUUUUUUCUAUAGAAAAAAAUUCGCCGGACCCUUGGGUCCCCAGUUUUUUCUAUAGAAAAAAAUUCGCCGAACCCUUGGGUCCCCAGUUUUUCUAUAGAAAAAAAUUCGUCAGACCCUUGGGUCUAAGUUUUUUCUAUAGAAAAAAAUUCGUCAGACCCUUGGGUCUAAGUUUUUUCUAUAGAAAAAAAUUCGUCAGACCCUUGGGUCUAAGUUUUUUCUAUAGAAAAAAAUUCGUCAGACCCUUGGGUCUAAGUUUUUUUUCUAUGGAAAAAAAAUUCGCCAGACCUUUGGGUCUAAGUUUUUUUCUAUAGAAAAAAAAUUCGCCAGACCCUUGGGUCUAAGUUUUUUCUAUAGAAAAAAAAAUUCGCCAGACCCUUGGGUCUAAGUUUUUGGGUCCCCUUGGGUCCCCAGUUUUUUCUAUAGAUAAAAUUCACCAGACCAUUGGGUCCCCAGUUUUUUCUAUAGAAAAAAAUUCACCAGACCCUUGGUUCCAAGUUUUUUCUAUAGAAAAAAUUCCCCCGACCCUGGGUCCCCAGUUUUUUCUGUAGAAAAAAAUUUGUCGAGCCCUUGGUUGCAAGUCUAGCUACGGAUACAUAUUCUUAUAAAGAUCUUGAUUAACCAGAAUUCCAAAAGGUUAGCUAUACUGUCGUCGUUCUCCUUUCGUUUUUUAGGUGUACAUUUCCUUAGGUUAUUUCAUUUUCUCUCUCUCUCCCUCUCUUUAUGUCGUUGCAAUUCCACAUAAAUAAGGUAUAUACAUUGUACAAUAAAUAAAAGAUAUUAAAAAUAUUUAUAUUUAUGCAAUUGUUAUAUACUAUACUAUAAACAAUAAGAUAAUGAACUGCUGAUAAUUGAGAAAAAAACAACAGCAAAGUCAUUCCAAACUAAAAUUAAUUAAAUUAAUUAUUGUAUAAUCAAUCUUUUUUCGGCCGAAAAGGGGGGAAUAAAACCCCAAAUACUCCAUAUAACCCGCCCGAGAAAACUAAAUCCUCCUUCUUCUAAACAUUCUAGCCACAUAUUCAUGAUAAUAUUUGUUGUGAUGAUUAAAAAUUAAAAAAAAAAAAAACGGAAAAAUAUUGUAUUCAAAAAGAAAAAAAGAAUUAAGAAAAUUAUAUAAAUAUUGAAUUUGUUUAAAAUUAAAAUAAUUGAAAAGGAAAUCUAAAAUAAAAAAAUAUAAAUAUAUAUCAUAUUCUUUAGCUAAAACCAAAUUUAGGAAACCAAACAAAGAAAAAGUAUAAAUAAAGCCAUAUUUAAAAAAUAUAAAAACAAAACUUAAUUUAAAUAAACCAAAAAAAUAAUUAAAUAAAUAAAUUAUAUACAUCAUAUUAUAUAUAUACACACACAUACAUACUUAUAUAUACAAUACAUAAACUCCGUGGCAAAAUUAAUAAUGGAAGCGAUACAAGUUAUUAAAAAAAAGAAAAAGAAUAAAAAAGAGGGAAGUUAGUUGACAGCUGACAAUUGCUGACGUAGAUGAUGAGGAUAAUGUUGAAGACAAUGACGACGACGAUGUAUUAUUAGUAAGAAUCUGUUAAAUUAUACAUAUAAAUAAAUAUAUUAUAUUAUUCUGAAUUAAUUUAUUAAAAAUAAAAGAAAAAUAACCAAAAAAGGAAAAAAACAAACAAUAAUUGAAAAAUAAAAUUAAACAAACAA